CUGCUGAGACGUUAGAUUUAUGCUGCUAAAUAGAACUAGAACUUUCCAUAUAUAUAACUUAUUAUAUUUUAUUAAUUUUAUACGGAAACUGGAGUUCCCGUAGGAAACCGACUUGGACAUGAGGAGAACAUCCAAACUCCAACUACCUACUAUUAAGCGAGCAGCUGUGAUUUUUUAUUCAGUAUAGCAUUAGCAAAACAAAUCCACCCUUAUAACAACUAAUUUAAUGCACUGUUUCAGACAUAAACGGAACUAGUUUGCAUGAUGAAAGAAAAUGAGUGCACUAUGGAGGACGGCCAAGAGAGUCAGGUGUGUGAUGGCUCUGUGGGACUAUCAGUAGCAGAUGGAGGUUCUGCUCCAGAGUCCAUUUACGUUCGCAGACUCUCCUACAAAAACCUGCAACUUCCUCCACUAGCGUUCAGGCUGGCCGAACAGAAUGACUGGAAGGAAACUGAGCCGAUCUCACGACCAACUACGCUGGCGCUACGCAUCCCUCCAACAAUCGCCAUCACCUCUGCGGAUUCCAGCAGGAGGAAACCGGAGCACCCGGAGUAAACCCACGCAGACACAUGGGAGAACAUGCAAACUCCACACAGAAAGGACCCGGACCGCCCCACCUGGGGAUCGAACCCAGGACCUUCUUGCUGUGAUGCGACAGUGCUACCCACCUAGCCACCGUGCCGCCCAUAUAAAUAUUUUAAUAUUCA